GGGGUGAGCGGGAACGCGCACUUCCGGCUUCCGGGGGCCGGGCGAGGAGAAGCCGGAGCUUCGCCGGAAGCGCCAUGUCGGACUCGGAGGAUUAUUCGUCGGGGGAGGACGAGGACUACCUGCCGUCCGGUGAGGAGUACAGCGAAGAUGACGUGAGUGAAUUGGUCAAGGAGGAUGACGUGGAAGAGGAGAAGCAAUCCAGCGGGAGGAAGUGCAAGAAAAAUUCCAAGGGGAUCACAUGUCGGAAAAGGAAAGAUGGUGGCCUCUUUUUAGAACCAGAUGGAGAAGAAUCAUCAAAAGAUGACAGGAGCGAGGGUGAAGACAGUGAGCCGGGGGAAAGUAAUAAUGUGCACGCAGAUGAAAAUGAGCAAAGGAAGAAAGAAGAUGCGCUGUGGGCCAGCUUUCUCAAUGAUGUGGGCCAGAAGCCUAAAGCAGCUCCUACGAGCCAGGUGCCCUGCAUGCAGAAAGACAAGCCAGCAGAGGAGAAGUCGUUGUCCAAGCCCCAAGAGGUAACAAAGGAGCCCGAAAACAGUAAAGUGGCCAUCACUCAAGUGUUUGACUUUGCUGGCGAGGAGGUCAGGGUCACAAAGGAGGUGGAUGCUACGUCCAAAGAAGCCCAGCUAUUCCUGAAGCAGCAAGAAGAGAAGGCUGUGGGCCCAGGGUCUCAUCCGACCGUUUCUGGAGUGAAGCGGCCGAGCGGCCUUAACAGCCUGCUGGGGAAGAUUGGUGCCAAAAAGCCGAAGAUGAGCACGCUGGAGAAAUCCAAGCUGGACUGGGAGACCUUCAAAGACCAGGAGGGCAUCCAGGAGGAGCUGGCGGUCCACAACCGAGGGAAGGGAGGGUACCUGGAGAGGAAGGCAUUUCUGGAGAGGGUGGACCACCGGCAGUUUGAAAUUGAGCGGGACAUCCGCCUGAGCAACAUGAAGCCCUGAGGCUGGCACGGAGGCCCGGCCCUACGGAGACCCUUCUGAUUUGGCCUGUCCCCAGAAGACAGCAACUCUUAGGACCUUAUCCGGAUUUCCUUUUCCACCCCAAAAGUAAAUAGGCGAAUUGAGGUCACUGUGGCAGGUGAUUCGCCUGCCCGGGAGGGCGAAGGGGGUCCAGUGAGCAGCAGGUUGCCAGCAUGAUUUGCCUGGUGGGGAGUGGGGGGGCUUGUCCGUAUUGACUGGAUCAUUAGCGGGCUGUAGAGCCUCUUUUCAGGUUGUUAGGAAGGGCAAAGCAGCCCCGUUAGCGCCCAACAACCUGCUGGUGCCUGCUUGGUGGGAGCAGAAUUCGGUGGGCAUCAGCACCGGGAUUCCUGCCGUCGCAGGAUCUUACCAACCCUCUUGUGCGCCAAGAGGUUGUUUUGAGGACACAGCAGUUGACUUUCCAGGGAGAGCCAAGCUGCUCAGCAACUGACACUUCUAAGAGGCUUCCUCUUCUUAGUCUGGAGUUUCCAUUCUUCACCUUUUUUUUUAAAAGCCUUUUCAAGUUCUCCAGGUCACUGAAGCUGGGAGAGGAAGAGGCGAGGGGAGCACCCUCAGCAAGCCAGCAUGUGCCAGAGGCCUUCCUCCCUUUGUUCCUCUGAGUAAAGUGUUAACUCCCCGUUA